AUGCUUGGGACUGGGGAUACUUUGGAUUCAAAGAAUCAUGCACAGCUCAUUCCACAAUUCGCUUCAAUCUCCGCAAUCCAAAAACUCACACAGAAUCUUUCAACUUUGGUGGCCUGGGCAGACCGUUUCGAUCUCGAGAAGCAAGUGACAUUCUACCUCUCCUACCACGACAACAAGAUCAACCAGUAUAUUCACUUCGCCUGUAUCUGGCAGAUCUUCAUCUCAGCGCUCUGCAUGUUCGCAUCGCUAGAGCCAUUCGCUGAGACUCCGAACUUCAUGGCGUCGCUACCAUACGGCCAGUACAUGAUGAUGAACCCAUCCUGUAUCCUUGCUGGCGUCUACAUGGUUUGGUACAUCCUGCUGGACCGAGUUGCUGGAUCUCUGGGCGCCGUUCUUAUAUUCAUCAGCUACAUCUUCGCCAAUUUCUUUGUCCAAGAUUACGCUCCAAACCGCUUCGAGCGCCCAGGCUGGCAGAUCGCACUGGGUGUCCACUGCUUCGCUUGGAUUAUGCAAUUCAUCGGUCAUGGCGUCUUUGAGCGUCGCAAACCGGCGCUCUUUGAAAGUCUGGAUCAGGCGCUGGUUACGGCUCCGAUGUUUGUACUACUGGAGGCUCUAUUUGCUCUUGGAUACCGACCCGAACUGUAUAAGCGCGUGUCUGCGGCGGCCAAGGCCAAUAUCAAGGCAUUCCGAGCCAUGGGCAAGACGCUGUAA